AUGGCCUCCGCCGACGACCCUGACGCGACUCUUACAACAGCCAUCGAAUCGCUGGGCGACGACUCUUCCUACACCGUCCACCGCCUCCGACAUGCUUCNCCCGAGCACCUGUACCUAACCACCCGCCGCUGUUUUAUCGGCCCCAUCCCCGAAGGCUGGCUCAAGACGCAUCGCAAAGAAUGGUACAAGCACUACCUGGGCAUCCACCAUUCCUCCAAAGCCCCUUCCUUCUCUGCAUCUUCCGAUGUUGGCCGCCGCCGCCGUCUAACCGGUCUUGACGUUCCGAAUGCCUCUUCCGUCUAUCGAGCAAGCUUUCCCCAACCUGAUAACAUGCGUGGACAAGGAAGUCAAGAAGAGGAGGCUAUUGAAGACACAGAAGACGACGAUGAAAACACUGGAAAGAGUCGCAAGAACAGCAGGGGCCAAGAUUUGCACAUAGUAUCCACUGUCGAAGAAGUCCACGAUGGUGCCGACUCAGACGGUGAGGCCACGAUCAGAGCGCCGGUCGCUCUCGACAUUCCAAGAGGAGGACCAAGCGAUCCUGCUCUCUUGAGAGAAGAACAAGGAAACGCCGAGGAGGUACUAUCCUCGUAUACCACUGCACAUACAGUGGCCUCCCCUUCGACCCCGACUCCUUUAGCUACACCGAGGCCUGGCGAUGCCCAAGUAGACUACAUGAACUCGCGCCCGACAGAUACCUUUCGUAGACGUCAGACCUCCGACACUUCUUUCGUAACGGCUUCAGAUGGCGGCUCGAUUAUCGUAGACGAACCAGGCGCUGCUUCUCCAAUCCAGUCCGAGCCUCCUAGCGACCAUGAUUCGACACCNAAAAACAGUCCUCCUGCUGGAGUGCGAAGCAGUGCUUCUUUCGCGACGACGAAUCCAGCCACACCAGGACCUAAUACAUCCGAUACUUUCCUCCUCGCCUCUCAACAUAGUCAGCAACUUGACCAGGGUAUGAGUGGGAAAGACACAGCGGACAUGGCGCAAAAUUCGGAAUGGCAGCAACAAUCACGACAGAUUGCUGAGCAAGGGUAUGCUGACAAUGCCGAGCUGAGACCUCCCGGUCUUGUCCGAUUCAAUAUUCCAGAAAAUCCAGUCCUGAAGCAAGAGAUGCAAGUGCGAGCGAAAAUGGCCCAAGGCAUCCGAAAAUCUCGACUCUCGAGAGCGUUCACUCGUGGGAAGCUGAAGGAUGGAGAAAUCGUCAAGGUGGAGAAGAUGCUUGUUCGUUUGGACAUCACCACAGGCUCGGAGCAACCCAACGAAGACUACGACGAGAAAGACAGCCAGCGAGUCGAGACACGAACCACUGACAAGUGGAGGGAAUUCAUGGUUGUCUGCCGAGAAAGCCAUGAAGAUGGCGCCGUCCUAUGCCUUCAGAUGUACAAAACACGAGUGAGUAAGAAAGUCUUGAUAGAAGUACAGACGUUGACUUUACCUCCANNGGUCAUUCCAGCAACCAACCAGAGUAAAACUAAGAAGCGCUUCAAGCACCAGAUUUUACUGGAUCCUGCAAAGCUCAAAGUCAACUUGUACAGUAGUCUUGACAAGACACUUGUACUCUGGCAAGCCAAGGGACCACAAACUAUCAUCUGUUUUCUUCGACCUCGCUCCACACCCAGCGCAGUAGAGUGGUACACUUUCCUGAGGGGUGUGCUUGGCUUGGCCCGACCACGCACUCUGCUGAUCAACAUACCUGAUCUGAGCGUCGGUCUCAGACUUGAUAACCCAUUUGAAGAGCUCGAGUCAUCGGAAGCGUUGCAGAAAGCUGCAGAAGGUGAUGAAGUGGCGAUUAUGAAAACCAUGCAAGCUGAACGAGCCAUUGCUUCGAAAAUCAUCGAUCGUUGUUUGGAGAUGCUAGCUCAGAGUUCUGAGUGGGACAACGUACUCAAGACCUGGGGACACAAAUCAAAGAUUGGUCUGGCUUGGAAACGCUACGACCGAUUAGAAUGGAUCCAUGGGAUCAACGAGCACAAGAUGUUUGGCACCAUGGCACUGCAACGGACUCAUGAGCUAGAGUUGCGACCCAAGCGACACUAUCCGGUUUCUGUGAAAAUGGCCAAUGGUGAAAUCAUGCAGGAGCCUGCACCAGUCGAAGGUUUCCUGAUCCGCCUGACUUCUCAAAAAGGACGCGACCAAAAAUUUGGAAAGCUGUUCUACAAGCGACUAUACUUCAGCACACAGAACAACUACCUUCUCUUCCUUCGACCAGUCAAGGCAAAGCCACCGCCGCCGCCCAAGAUGUCGAUGAAGGAAAAUUGCAACAUUCCCAGUGCAAAGCAAAUUGCAGAAAAACUNCCUCUAAUCUACGCAGUCAAUCCGUUCCCAUUGCACGAUAAUACGGUUGCUUGGUUGUCAGGAACUACUAACGAUACCGAAGACAGAAAGAGGCAUGAUAGGAAUGCCUAUGACGAAGCAGAAAGAAAUGCGCAAUCCUUGUUAGACUGUGAUGGUUUUAUCAAUCUCUCCGACAUUGUAGAGGUUCGGAAUGUGGUGAGAGGAGCAACGCCAGCCGAUGAGGCGGUCGACGAGGGCCCAAACGUGGAUUUUGAUGAGGAAGUUGACGAUACCCAUCAUGACGAUGGAACAACCAAAGACUUUGAUGACGCCCGAACGUUCGAACUGCUCAUGCGCAAUGGCCUGGUCGUGCGACUACAAGCGUUCAGUAAGGCCACGAAGAAAGAGUGGAUAAGACGGCUCCGCGCUCUGGCCAAAUACUGGACGCGGCGAGCUUCCCAAGAUCUGGCUCUGUUCAAAUUCGUCCGUCAGCAAAACCUGGACACUUUGAACCUCGACAUGCAAGCAGAAGCAUACGUUGGAAUGUUCGCACACAAGUGGGAAGUCACAAAAUCGUUCGCCUCACCUGAGCUAUACAACGUUUGCGGUAUAUCGAAUUGCCGUGCCAUUCACCGCUCUGGAAUUCUGUUCCGCAAACCUCGAGUUCAUGGUACUUUCUCACGCUACCAUGUGAUUCUAUGCCACGGCCACCUUCUCGUCUUCAAGGAUACGGUGCGAAGUACGACAGGCAAGAAAGUGUCGCACAUCCACCACGAGCGCGUCGCAUCGAUUGAUCUUCGCGAUUGCUACCUUUACUCUGGACUGAUUACAGCAAACGACCUACUAUAUCAGAACCGCACGUUUGACAACAAUCGACCGGGUAACUCGGCGAUCCCUCGCAUGUACCUCGAGGACGGAUGGGCGAGUGCAGACGACGAUGCCAUGACCACUUUUGUGCUGUGGACAGGGCAGCACAAGGGAUGGUUCAGAGCUCGAGAGGAGAAUAGUAGCGAAGGACAGCAAAAGAGUGGAGGAGCACGCAACAAGUUGAAGAGAGUAUCGCAACUAGGCACUACAGGCAGAGCAAUCGUGUUCAAGGCUCGGAGUCGAACAGAGAGAGACCACUGGGUGCUGGGUAUCGAGACGGAGAUUGAGAGAUUGUCUCAAUCGGAAGACGUCAGGGUUGUGGGAGAAGGCGGUGGGGCGCAGGAGUAA